AUACCAUGCCCUGAUACACAUGACUCAAACCUGUCUUUUUUAUUAAGUCUCAAAUUCAGUCUACUUCGAUCAUCAAAUCCUGAAAUAAAACUGACCAAUCUUCUUAGAAAAUCAGUGGAAUCAGUCUUAAAUUAAUCAUUCGUUCUUCAGAAAGUAUUCCCAUGAAGAAUCUUUUGUUGGUCAGUCUGAUUCUCCUUCCGGCUUCCGUUCUCGGGGACUGUACCUGCGAGCCCGAAGACGAGGACCGGAACAAAGCCCUCGCGCUCAAGUACAAGCUGGCGGCCAUCGCCUCGAUCCUCGUGGCGAGCGCGAUAGGCGUGUGCCUUCCCGUCGCUGGAAAGAGGGUGCCGGCGUUGAGCCCUGAGAGGAGCUUUUUCUUCAUUGUGAAGGCAUUCGCUGCCGGAGUGAUUCUGUCGACGGGGUUCAUUCAUGUUCUGCCGGAUGCUUUCGAGAGCCUGACGUCGCCGUGCCUCAGCGAUCACCCUUGGGGGGAUUUCCCGUUCGCCGGAUUCAUAGCCAUGCUCUCUGCGGUGGGAACGCUCAUGGUUGAUACUUACGCAACGUCGUACUACCAGAGGCGGGCGGGGGCCAAGGCGGAGAUGGGCGGCGCCGACGAAGAAGAGGCGGUGGUUCCGUUUCAUACUCAUGCUACGCAUGGCCAUGCACAUGGGUCGUUAUCGCUGGAAUUGGAUUCCGGGGAAACUGAACUCCUUCGUCACCGUGUGAUUUCGCAGGUGUUGGAGUUGGGAAUCAUAGUCCACUCAGUGAUAAUUGGGAUUGCGUUGGGAGCUUCGGAGAGUCCUAAAACGAUAAGGCCUUUGAUUGCUGCUUUGACUUUCCAUCAGUUCUUUGAAGGGAUAGGUCUUGGAGGAUGCAUCACUCAGGCAAAGUUCAAUACACGGGCAGUAGCAAUAAUGGCACUUUUCUUUUCCAUCACGACGCCAAUGGGCAUCGCUGUGGGUAUUGGAAUAAGCAACAUCUACAGCGAGACGAGCCCGACGGCUUUGAUUGUGGAGGGGGUUUUCAACGCAGCGUCGGCAGGAAUACUAAUUUACAUGGCAUUGGUUGAUCUCCUUUCUGCUGACUUUAUGAGUCCCAAACUGCAGAGCAAUGGAAAGCUACAGUUAGGUGCAAAUGUCUCCCUCCUCAUUGGGGCUGGCUGCAUGUCUCUCUUGGCCAAGUGGGCAUAGUUCAUCUCUUGUUUAAUAAUAAAUUUUGUUUGCAUAUAUAUAGUUAUUUACGAUGUUUCGUGUAACGUGACACCCUGUAUUUAUUAACAAAAUAUCAUGUAUCGUUCUUAAUAAAUUAGUUUAUUAUCACCAAUCA